AUGCUUUCAUUUAUGAACAGAUCCAGAGCAGUGCAGCUAUCCAACAAGCGUUGGAGCGUUGUUGUUGCAAGAAAUAUCUCGGUUUCUCCAGCUGCUCCAAAGGUUGUUGAAUCAUCAAUAAACAGUAAGAACUACAGGUUUUCAUACGAAACUGCAAAGAACAAGUUUGUAGAAUCGUCCAAUGUAUCCACUCCAGAAAACAAGUUUGACUUCUCGGAAUACACUACCAAGGACAAACCAACAAACGUUGUCUCUGAAGAGGAGGCCAAACUAAUACCUUCAAUUAUAGCUUUGCAUGCAAGACUUGGAUUACCUGAAUCUUAUCAAUAUUCCACCCUGGUCAAGGCAUUGACAUGUCCAACCUCCAAGCACGACGUGAUCGCCUCCAACCAGCAGCUCUCCAUCCUGGGUGCCCAUAUCUUAUCUUUCUAUGUCACUGAAUACUUGAUUGCAAACUACCCUAGACUACCACUUUCUGUUUUAAGGGCAGCUACUGAUGCCUUCAUCGGCAACUACUCUCUCUAUGACGUUGCUAAAAACACAUGGGGUAUUUCCGAAGACUCGUCUUCCAAAUUGGAGAGAUACCUCUCCAACGAACCAGAGAUCUUCAAGUUUGGUACAUUGAGGUACACACGUAAGGUCACCGAACCUGAAACGGAUAUCGUCAAAUACGCCCCUGAUCAUAGCGUCUUUGAACUAUCUAAAUCAGAAGCAUUUGCAAACUCUGUGCGUUCAAUCGUAGGUGGACUGCACAUCCAUGCAGGUGAGGAGACAACAAAGCAAUUUGUCCAUGAUCACAUUCUAUCGAGACAGGUGGACAUAUCAUCCUUUUUCUCAUUCAAGGAACCUGGAAAAUUAUUGACAAGGUUGUUGAGAACUAACAACAUGCAGCCUCCAACAAUUAGACUCAUCUCCGAAACAGGUAGAUUCUCUUCAACUCCAGUGUAUGUUGUUGGUUGUUUCUCUGGAGAAAACUUGUUGGCAACAUCCGAAGGUAAUUCUCUCAGAGAAGCAAGAAUCAAAUCCUUUGGUAAAGCGCUCAAGGCUUGGUACCUGUAUAAGCCUCUGGAUGCUAAACUUCCUAGUGACGAAUCUUUUGAAGGCAUGUUUGUUGAUCAGGGUGAAAAGUUCUUCUAA